CAAGGUACCCACGAUCCUUUCUUAUCGUAACCUCAGCAAACCCUGCUUCCGUCGUUCUCUUCUGUCAUUUCGGCGCCUUGCUCUAGUUUCUGUCUUUCCUACUUGUAAAUUAGAAUUGCAAGUCAUGAAUUUCGUGUUCUGAAAACCAUACAAACGGAGCGGCAUUCUACCCAGGUGAAUUUUCAUCUUUUAUCCUGGUAAGGACGAUUUUCACCCUCCAACAGCUCUGCUGAAGUUUCCCCAUCGUCUGUGCUCAAAGCUAUUAAUGAGAAUGUUGGUGCACAGGAAUUUGAAAGAAGGGCCUUCCUUGCUACUCAGGACAAAGCGGCCGUCCUCAUCGGCUGUGCUUAAUGCUAUUAGAGGUGCUGGGACCAAUGAGAAUGUUGACACAGAGGAACUGCAUUUAGAUGAAUAUGUGGUUUUGGAAAGAUUGAUGAACGAAAAGGAUGUAGUAGCUGCACUAGAGUAUUUCAAAUUUGUGUUUGAGACUAGAAAAUUCCGGCACACCACACGCACGUAUAAGAUGAUGAUCGAGAAGCUUGAAUCAGUGAGGGAUAUGAAUGGUGUUCAGUACCUAUUGCAACAGAUGAAAUCAGAAGGCGUUCCUUGCUCGGCAGACAUAUUUGUUAGCAUUAUAAGAUUGUAUCGGGAAUUGGGCGACUCGGAGUUAGCUUUGAAGACGUUCUACCGCAUUCAGGAUUUCGAUGUUAGACCUACGGCGAAGAUCUACAACCAUCUUUUGGAUGCACUUCUAUGUGAGAAUCGGUUUCACAUGAUCAAUCCCAUUUACGAUAACAUGAAAAAGGACGGUCUCAAGCCCAACGUGUAUACGUAUAACAUCCUCUUAAAAGCGUUAUGCAAAAACAACCGCAUAGAUGCUGCGUACAAACUGCUCGGUGAAAUGUCUGAGAGGGGAUGUGAACCCGAUAGUGUGAGUUGCACUACAAUCGUGUCUGCUCUUUGUCGUCAAGGUGAAUUAGCUGAGGCCAGAGAAGUUAUGAAAUGCUUUAGGCCUACCGUUCCAGCAUACAAUGCUCUGGUAAAUGGCUUGUGUAGUCACUACAAAAUACAAGAAGCUAUGUCGUUGAUAGAUAAGAUGGUGGAUCUUGGAUUGGAACCUAAUAUUAUCACUUACACAACAAUUGUAGAUGCACUUUGUGAGAUGGAAAGUGCAAAGCUUUCUGUUGCCAUUGUGGGCCGCUUGCUAGUGAGGGGCUGCAGACCUAAUGUUAUGACAUUUACCUCCUUAAUGAAGGGAUUCUUCAAGGAAGGAAAUGUUCAUGAUGCAAUUAUGAUUUGGAAUCAAAUGCUAAAGCAAGGGUGUAGACCCAAUACAGUUGCGUACAAUACCGUGAUAUAUGGUCUUUGUCUCAGUGGGAAGUUGCAUAGAGCUAUAUCAGUUUUCAAUAAGAUGGCAAAAAGCGAGUAUCUACCCAAUGUUAGGACUUACAGUAUUCUUUUAGAUGGGUUUGCAAAAGCUGGUAAUUUGGAGGGUGCUUUAGAGGUAUGGAACACAAUCAUAGCAAGUGGGUGUGAACCCAAUGUUGUGGCGUAUACUAGCAUGGUGGAAGUGUUGUGCAAGAAAUCCAUGUUUUAUAAAGUUCAGCAGAUUAUUGAGAAAAUGUGGCUGGAAAACUGUCCUCCAAGCACAAUAACUUACAAUGUAUUCAUUAAAGGAUUGUGUGAACAAAGUCAAGUAGAGUGGGCUAUCCAUGUGUUACAUGAAAUGAAGGAGAAAGGUUGUCUCCCUAAUAUAACAACCUACAAUGAGGCUUUGUAUGCUCUUUACAGGGAUGGAUACUCUGUUAAAGCCUUGAGCCUUCUCAGUGAGAUGUUAGGGGCUGAUUUAGAUUUCAAUGUUGUCACUUAUAACACUCUCAUCUACGGUUCAAGUUGCAUUUUUAAAAUGAGAGAUGCUUCUUCAUUCUUGGCAAAGAUGCUUGUUACAGGCAUUAGACCUGACAUAAUUACAUAUAAUACAAUAAUCCAUGCUUACUGUAAGGAAGGUGAUAUAAAAGCAGCAAAUCAGUUCUUUGGAGCAAUGGUUGCAGAUGGGUGCUACCCUGAUGAUAUUACUUACACUACGUUAAUAGGUGGCCUCUGUGAAAGGUCUUAUUUGGAGGGAGCGAUGGUUUGUUUCCUUAAGAUGCUAACUGGUGGUAUUAUGCCCAACACUACCACAUGGAAUGUCUUGGUUAGCUGUGCUAUCUGCAAAUUGAAUUCUUCUAUUGUAACAUGUUUACUGAAAGAUAUAUUGAGAAAUGCUGAUGCAAAAAUAAAUAUCUGAUACAUUAUUGUUUUGUA